AAUAAAAAACGGUAUUUCACCCCAAUAUGAAAAUUAUCCGGCUAGCGGUUUCAACAAUUAUGGAGAAUUUGAUGCUUCAGCUAGUUUUCCAUUGACCCAAGUCGGUUCUUUUUUGUCCAUUCGAGAAAUAAAAGAAAAAGGAUGGCAAUUUUAUUAUCUACAACUGCAGCAACCAAGUUAAGCUUGAAGUUUCUCGACAACCAUGGCAACCGGCAAGAAAAGUCGCCAACUUUUCACAGUAUUUUCACUGGUUGGAGCAUAGAGAGCAAGACAGAAAACAAGAGAUUUUCAUUUGUUAAUUUUGCUAUUAAGAACAAAACUAGCAUUGAUUUAAAACAGGGAAGUCAUUCUAAAAUAGCACCAAGAAAAGGAGGUAGAGACCUAGUAUUAAGUGAAGGAAGAGAUGAGGAUGAUAAGUAUGGAUCCAUUUGUCCUGGUUGUGGAAUCUUUAUGCAAGAUAAAGAUCCUAGCCUCCCUGGGUAUUAUCAAAAAAGAAAACUUACAAUUGAAAGUGGUGAAGUAGUAGAGAAUGAGGAAAUGGGAUUUGAUGAUGACUUUGAGGGGUUUGAAGGGGAAGAAGAGGGUUUUGAGAGUGGAAUUGAGGGCAAGUUUGAGAAAAGUGAUGGGGAAAGAGAUGAUUUUGAAGAGGGAGAUGAGUUUGAUUGGGACUCCGAUGAAUUUGAAGCAAUGUUCGAAGAAGAUGAUAGUUUGGACUUGGAUGGUUUUACUCCUGCAGGUGUUGGUUAUGGUAACAUUACAGAAGAGAUAAUAGAGAAAGAAAAGAAGAAGAAGGAAGAAAGGAAGGUGUCAAAAGCUGAGAAAAAGAGGAGAGCUAGGGAGGCCAAAAAGGAAAAGGAUGAGGUUACGGUGUGUGCUCGGUGUCAUUCUUUGAGAAAUUAUGGACAGGUCAAGAGCCAAACUGCCGAAAACUUAAUACCUGAUUUUGAUUUUGAUAAACUGAUUUCAACUAGGUUAAUUAAACCAAGUAGUAAUGCCAAUGCUACUGUUGUCAUUAUGGUCGUUGAUUGCGUUGAUUUUGAUGGCUCGUUUCCUAAAUUGGCAGCGAUGUCCUUGUUCAAGGCAUUGGAAGGAACCAAGAAUGACCCAAAAACUAGCAAAAGGUUGCCUAAGCUUGUUCUUGUUGCCACAAAGGUUGAUCUCCUCCCAUCACAAAUUUCACCAGCUAGAUUAGAUAAAUGGGUUAGGCACCGUGCUAGGGCAGCAGGGGCACCCAAGCUAAGUGGGGUAUAUUUGGUUAGUUCCCGUAAGGAUUUGGGUGUAAGAAACUUGUUGUCAUUUGUCAAGGAAUUGGCUGGUCCUCGAGGAAACGUAUGGGUUAUUGGGGCACAGAAUGCAGGCAAAUCCACUCUGAUUAAUGCAUUUGCAAAGAAAGAAGGGGCCAAAAUUUCAAAGCUCACAGAAGCACCGGUUCCUGGAACAACCCUUGGGAUUUUGAGAAUUGGAGGGAUUUUGUCUGCCAAGGCAAAGAUGUAUGACACUCCAGGGCUUUUGCACCCUUAUCUAAUGUCUAUGAGAUUGAACAGGGAAGAGCAAAAAAUGGUUGAAAUACGGAAGGAGCUGCAAGCUCGAACAUAUAGGGCAAAGGUUGGACAGGCUGUGCAUGUUGGUGGCUUGCUGCGACUAGACCUCAAUCAAGCUUCCGUGGAAACAAUUUAUAUCACAGUUUGGGCAUCACCAAGUGUUUCUCUUCACUUGGGGAAGAUGGAAAAUGCUAACGAUUUCUGGAAAAACCAUGCUGGUGUUCGCUUGCAGCCUCCAGUGGGUGAAGACAGAGCUUCUGAGUUAGGAGAAUGGGAAGAGAGGGAAAUCAAAGUGACUGGAACAAGCUGGGAUGUGAAUCACAUUGAUAUUGCAAUAGCUGGCUUAGGCUGGUUUUCUUUGUGUCUCAAAGGUGAAGCAACCCUGACAUUGUGGAUAUAUGAUGGCAUUCAGAUCACUUUGAGAGAACCUUUGGUCCUCGACCGAGCAUCAUUCCUUGAGAGACCUGGUUUCUGGCUACCAAAGGCUAUAUCUGACACCAUUGGAAACCAGACUAAAGUUGAAUCACAGAAGAGGAAAAAGCUUGAACAGGAAAGUAUGGAAUCUCUUUCAGAGGUAUCGGCCUGAAGUGAAAAGGAAACUAAGAUCAUAUUUCUUCUGCAGUCGUCUGCCUGAAAGAGAAAGACGAGAAUGACCAUGUUCCAUGUUCCGCAUUGCAUAGUGUUUUGCAUGAAGAAGAUAGAGAACAAUGCAACUAUAUCUUCCCUCUCUGCCGAGCUUUUAAGCUGUAAACAGCAGUUGGCAAAGGGAGCAGGUUUGUUUGUUUAGAUGGCAAAAGAUGAUGGAGUUGUUGAUUGACCAACUCCAAUUUGAGCAAAUCAUGAUGAAGGUGGAUCAUGGAUUUGUGUUUAAAGUGGAGAAAUCUUAGCAGACUGACAAAUUCAGAUAUCCUGCAUUUCGAAUCCACAAUCCAUUAGAAGACGUAUAGCUUUACUAUGCAGUGGUCUUUGUAAACGUUGCAUUUUACACUACCAAUUACAUCCAAUCUACUCAUAAUUUUCUGAGCA